AUGUCCUUCAAGUCGACGGGACCCAAAACACGACCAGAUCCUGUCAAGCCACCUCGAGGAGCAGACCCCGUAGCCACAGACCCCCAUCCUCCGUCAUGGACACAGUCCCGACGGUCCUCGUCGUCGGCGUCCUCGAUCGCCUCGUUCCACUCCGCCCGGUUCCCUGCAGAUGAAGAGUCGCGCAUGCUCGCGUCGUCCCACGAGCUCAAGUCCCAAGCAAACACACAGUUCUCGAAACAAGACUACUCCUCCGCAAUCAGCACCUACGACCGCGCGCUGGCCGAGUUACCCAGCUACCUGGACUACGAAAUGGCGGUGCUUCAGUCCAACAUCGCUGCAUGCCAUCUGAAGCUGGAGCAGUGGAAAGAGGCCGUCGAGAGUUGCGACAAGGGUCUCGACGGCCUGGAACGAGAACUGCCCACCAAGUCUAGUAAACCCAAGUCAAAGUCCAAAUCAACCCGACCCGAAACGAAGAACGAGAACAAGAAGGAGUCAAAGGACACCGACACCGACGGGCGACGGGGGACUUCGAAAUCGAACAACGGAACAAAACGAUCAGGCAGACUGAAUUCAGACACCGAGUCAUCGGGCUCAGACUCCGAGGCCGAGUCCUCCUCGCCUGGCCUUGAUCCACGGGACGAGGAUGCGGCCGUGGUCGAGAUACCUUCCGACGCCGACGAAUCUUCGGCCCUCGCAGCCCUCUCGCUCAGCGACGAGCGCAAAGCCGACAUCCACCGCAUCCGGACGAAAUUGCUUCUCCGCCGCGGUCGGGCACGGGUAAGCAUGGAACCGGAGACGUGGACCAACCUCUCGGCGGCUUUGGAAGACUACAAGACGCUCCAGUCGCCGCGGUACUUGAGCACGCUACCUCCACCGGACCAGAGGACGGUGCACCAGGCUCUUGUUACGCUCCCUCCCAAAGUCAGUCGAGCCAAGGAGAAGGAGGUCGCCGACAUGAUGGGUAAACUGAAAGACCUCGGCAACGGUAUCCUCAAGCCGUUUGGUCUGAGCACGGACAAUUUCAAAGUCACUCAGGGCGAAGGGGGGGGAUACAGUCUCAGUUUCGAUGGUGGUGGUGGUGGUGGUGGCAAGAAGGGCUGA